CUGCGGGCUGUGAGGUCAGAGGUCAGAGCCCAGGCGGCAGUUUGAGGACGGGAUGAGCGCAGCGCUGUUAUUCCGUGUGUCCGUCUGCCGCCUGCUCUCGGCCUCACGCUUACGGGGGCGUGGCGGCACCGGGAGGCUGCUCCCGAUCUACCGUCAUCGCCGCGGUUUCAGGGCUGGUGGCCGGAGCCUGGCUUACGCCAAGGAACUGCUUCUGGGGAAAAUUUUCCAGAAAGAAGUUUUUCCUUAUCCAGAGAUCAGUAAUGAAGAGUUGGAAGAGAUUAAUCAACUUGUUGCACCUGUGGAAAAAUUUUUCAAUGAAGAUGUUGAUUCAAAAAGCAUUGAUAUACAUGCAAGAAUUCCACCAGGAACUAUGAAAGGACUCAAAGAGCUGGGUCUGUUUGGACAACAGGUUCCUGUAGAGUAUGGUGGCCUCGGUCUAUCAAACACCAUGUAUGCACGAAUUGGUGAGAUCACUUCUUUGGAUGGGUCAAUAGCUGUUACCCUAGCAGCUCAUCAAUCUAUUGGACUGAAGGGAAUUCUGAUUGUUGGCACUGAUGAACAAAAAGCCAAGUAUCUACCUAAACUAGCAACUGGAGAACAUGUUGCAGCUUUUUGUCUCACAGAGCCAGGAAGUGGAAGUGAUGCAGCAUCGAUUCAGACCAAGGCAACUCUCAGUGAUGACAGACGACACUAUUUGCUCAGUGGUUCAAAGAUAUGGAUAUCAAAUGGUGGAAUAGCAGAAAUUUUCACAGUGUUUGCACGAACACAAGUGAUGGAUAAAGAUGGUACAAGUAAGGACAAGAUCACGGCUUUUUUGGUGGAGAGAGAUUUUGGUGGAAUUACCAGUGGGAAACCAGAAGACAAACUCGGAAUCCGUGGAUCUAACACAUGUGAAGUUCAUUUUGAGAAUACCAAAGUGCCAGUAGAAAAUGUCCUGGGGGAGGUUGGUGGUGGAUUUAAGGUGGCCAUGAGGAUCUUGAAUAGUGGACGAUUUAGCAUGGGAAGUGCAUCUGCAGGAAUGAUUAAAAAACUUAUUGAGAUGACAGCAGAGUAUGCUUGUACCCGCAAACAAUUUGACAGAAAAUUGAGUGAGUUUGGGCUGAUUCAGGAGAAGUUUACUCUGAUGGCAAUGCAAGCAUACGUAAUGGAGAGCAUGGCUUACUUGACUGCAGGAAUGAUGGACCGUCCAGGAGAGCCAGAUUGUUCUGUGGAAGCAGCCAUGGUGAAGAUUUACAGUUCUGAGGGUGCCUGGAUAUGCAUCAGUGAGGCUCUGCAAAUUCUGGGAGGCCUUGGCUAUAUGAAAGAUUACCCCUAUGAGCGAAUGCUCAGGGAUAGCCGAAUUCUUCUAAUUUUUGAGGGGACUAAUGAAAUUCUCCGGAUGUAUGUAGCCUUGACUGGUUUGCAGCAUGCAGGAAAGGUCCUUACCGAGAAAAUAAAAGCGAUGAAGAGAGGAAACAUUGGAGUAGUUUUGGAACUUUUAGGAAAAAGAUUAGGAAGUACCUUUUUCAAAGAAGUGGAUUAUGGUCUCACUGGCAAAAAUGGUGUCGUGCACCCCAGUUUGGAGGACAGUGCCAAAAAAUUGGAAGAGAAUGUGUAUUAUCUGGGAAGCACAGUGGAAAACACAUUGUACAGAUAUGGCAAGACAAUAGUAGAAGAGCAAUUAGUAGUGAAGAGAGUGGCUGAUAUUCUCAUUAACAUUUAUGCCAUGACGGCAGUUAUCUCAAGAGCUAGUCGUUCUAUCAGCAUUGGCCUUCGCAAUCAUGACCAUGAGGUUUUACUUGCCAACACCUUUUGCUCUGAGGCCUAUUUCCGGAAUAAUUACCUCUUGGCUCAAUUACAGAAAAAUUCUUCCGAAAAUCUUGACGACAGCAUUAAGAAAAUAGCACAGCAAGUGCUGGAUAAGAGAUCAUAUAUCUGCUCACAUCCACUUGACCGAACGUUUUAGAACAUAUGAUCAUAACUGACUAAAUUUCUAAGUGUGUGCAUACAAUAUGGAUAUUAAUGGCAAGCACUAAAACUAGAAUUGAACUGUAAAAUUAUGAAAUACUUUAUAAAUUGUUUUGCAAUAUCAUUCAGCACUUGUAUUAACAAGUUUGAAGCAAUCCUUAAAAAAAAUUACUUCAGUGGUAAAAAUGAUUGAAAAUUCAUUACGGCUCAAUAUUCAAAUGCAGCAGAUAUCAGUUUUAUCAAUGAAAUGUACAAAAACACAGUCAUACAUGAUCAGGUCAGCUGCAUGUCCAUUUCUGUUUUUGGAGUGGAUUAGAGUACUUCUGUCGCAGGCUUGUUUGUUUGGAACAGGUGGGUCUUCUCCAUUUCCUCAUUGCGUGGAUUGAGUUUAGGAUUGUAAAUACACGUGUGCUUAUUGCAAUAUACACUGAAGAAAGACAGUGUAAAAAUGGGUUAAUAUGAACUAUACAAAAUCAAUGAAGUAUGGCAUUAGUGUAAGCUAAAGAAAUCAUUACAGGCUUCAUCCAGCGAUUGAGACUAUUUGCUAAAUUGGGAAAUUAGAGUAGUAGGAAACUGAAAUGAAGUGACAGCAUCUGAGCUCAUAACGUAACACCUCUGGAUCUGAGACCAGUGUUAAACUAUCUUACAUUUACCGAGGAUAAAAACUUUCUCUCUGGUUAUUUGGAUCUUUGCUUUGUUCACUGAUUAUAAACUGUUGGCCUCUGCUGGUAUUUAAGACCAAUUAGUGGCAGGCUCUGAUCAAUUAACUAAUGUACUUAUCUGUUUCCCAAGAGGCUGCCAACAGAGUUCAUCAAAUUCUUCAAAGCUGAGAUUUAAAGUUCCUUUUACUCUGGACCAAAAUCCUAGAACGUCUUUCUUAACAGCAAUACUUCCACAAAGUGGAAUGCAGUGGUUGUAGCUCAACACCACUUUUAUUAUAACCAAGGAUGAACAAAACUGAUAUUUUACUCUAUUUUCCCAUUGCCUCUUCUAUAGGCAAUUGCUUAAUCAGAAAUUGCUCCCGUUAGCGUGCAAUGUUAUAGCUGUUGUUCUGAUUACUUGCUUCUCACUAAGUGCCUUACCAUUAAUGAGGUUGCAUGAAUUACAUGUAACUUUCAAAAGUUAAGCCAAUUAAUUUUGUGAUUAUUAUUAUAAAGUUUCAAAUCAAUUUUACCAAAGCGUCAGUAUUAUAGUUAUGGUUCUCUUACUUGAAGUCAUUUCCUUUGAGAUCAGCGAACUUUUUGUGCUCCAUGUCGUACCGAGGAAUUAUAUUUGCAUUUAUUUUCCAGCUACGGUUAGCAGUUAAACCAGGGGCAAAUCCUUUAGUGACUUCUGGUUGUUGUGGGGCUUUAUAGUUUAUUAAAUCUCCAACAUCUGAGUAAGUUAUUUGCUAGAGCAAAAAUAAUACAUAAAAUUGAAGGCAAAAUCAAUUUAUGAUUAAAGUCUAUCUUUUUAAAAAAAUGCUGCAUGCAUAAGCAGUUCUAUGCUUGGGGGAACAUUGAGAAAUGUAAAGACUUCCAGAAAUGUGUGUUCCACAUUUCAGUAUCCAGUAUUUAAUAUGUUGUUUGUCUUGUUAAACCUCUAUAUUCAUCAUUAUCAAUAUUGAUUGAUUGAUAAUAUACAUCUCAACAAUUUGCUUCUAUGAAACAGCUUGAACGUAAGGAAAAAACACUAAGGAAGCCAAAUGGGAAAUAUCAGGAAGUGUGAGCAACAGUUGGAAUAUAGAAAUUGGUUUUUGGAGGAGAAUAUGGGGGAAUAUUCAAUUGUAACACUUCGGCAGCUGAAGAGGUAAUGGUGAGAUGGAAGGGAAGGCAAACAGAAAUGGCCAGAACCAGGAAGAGUACAAUAGUCAGUUUGAAACAGGAUUAAGCCUCAGGGAAGGGGAAGAUUACAAUAAUUUAAUCACAAGUAUUGUCACUUUAAAUGUGUUUCCUGGGAAUUAGUUGGGUGAGUGAUAUUUAUGCCAAGAACAGGAUACAAGCAAGAGAAUUUUGGAUAAGCUGAUUAUGAAAUGUGGAGGCUUGGAGGCCACUAGGACAUCGUUGAAGUUAUGGAACCUGAAGAUAAAACAAAAUGGAUGAGUGUUUCAGUAGUAGAUAGGCUGAAGCAGUGUGGAAAUCUGCUACAACAAAUGUUGCUGAAUUUAGAUAACAUUUGUGAUAGUAUAAAGGGUCGGAAGUCUAUCUUGGAAUAGUGAAAGGUUAUAGUCAGGUACAGUAGAUAUUUUCUAAUCAACCAAUUUGCAUGUGGAGUCUGAUGGUAUUAAACAUCCUGACUCAGUGAUAUUUCCAAAUAUCACUGACAGCCGUGAGAGAUGACAAUGUAGUGUAUACAGAAUUAGGAAUCAAGUUAUUUUGAGGAGAUUGUAAAUGAAUACUACUUCCUUCAGAAUUAUCAAUCUCGCAUAAGCUAACAUUAAAGACCAGGGAGGAAUGUUGGUCUGUAAUUUGCUGGAAAUGGAGUAUGGAAGGCAAUGGGUCACUCCAGUCAAUGAGGUGGGCUUCGAGGAAAGCAUGAAGGUAAACAACACACUGGAAAUAAACAAGUAUAUAAUUAGUGCAGAAGGGAGUCUGGGGAAGGUUUAGUUUUGUGGGGAAAAACUGCACAAAUUAUGAAUGUGAAAAAAUAGCCUUGAGACUGGCCUGAAUCCCAAUUCAAACUAGUCCAACCUGCCAGCACCAGGCCCAUAUCUCUACAAACCCUUCCUAUUCGCAUACCCAUCCAAAUGCCUCUUAAAUGUUGCAAUUGUACCAACCUCC